AUGGAAGAUAAAAUUUUCCUUGAACAAUCCAAGUUCAGGAGUGUAGAAGAGUCAUCUAUAGUUGCCUUCUACAACCCAAGACAUGAUGUCAACAGGUUCUUUGCCAAGGGUGACGAAGAAGAUGACGAUGACAACUCUCUCGACCUUGACGAUGACCUCAAUGUGUUUAAGAACGAAGGCACUGACUCAGAUCUUAUCGAACAAAACAAAGACAAAAUCCUUUACUAUGUUGACCUGGAAAACGAAGAAAUCAUUGAUGCUGACAAGCGUGAGUCCAGCAAAGAAGACUGCGAUGACUGUGAAGAAGAAGUUGACUCAUCAGUCCACCCUGUUCUGUUUAACCAGUUUCCACUCGGCAAAGACCACAACAUUCUGCUCAUGUUUGCCACAGCUGGUCUGCCUCAAGUGCUCUCCGAUGAAAUUCUGGACUUGCUGUUCCAGAUCUUCAGGCUGUUUCCUGACCGACACCUGAGGAUCGGGUACAAUUCGAUGGGAGCUGAGUGCUGGAUCAACAAUCUGCACUUCCACUUGUUGUCUACAGACAAUGUGUUUAGCGAAGUCGAAGACACCAAGAAGUUUCCGAUCGAAGACGCUCCGCUAGUCAAGAUUCUCGACUCAACGCUCCAGCACAAGUCUGAAGACGAAAUUAACAUGUACAGUGUAGGAGUCGAGUUCUACAUCACUGAAGAGUGGCCAGUCAAAGCUUUUGUUGUGAAGCCACUUAAGAGAGAUGAAGAAGAGUCUAAAGACGAAGAACCCAAAGAAGACAACACUUUCGGAGACUCGCCUGACCCAACAGCCAGCGUUGCACAUGCAGUUGGAGGAAUCUUGAACAUCCUGAUUGACAGCAACACUCCUCACAACUUGCUGAUCUCAGACCAAGGCGAGGCCGUGUAUGUGAUCCCGAGGAAGUUCGACCUGCUGAUCAACGCAGCCAAUUUCUCGACAGAGUUCAACGACUUGUGCGGACUGGUCAAGUGCAAAGACGAGAAGACUUUCGAGAACCUGACUGACUCCCAAUACAAAAAGUUUUUGAAGAAAGAAGUUUCACUGGACACUGAAGCCUUCACCAAAAUCAAGGACGAACUGAUCACGAAGUUUGUGAAGGAGUAUGAGUGCACAGAGUACUAG